AUGAGUUCAGAGCCAAUUCGACCUCAUUCUUCACAAACUCCACCCAGCUACGAUGCCAUAGCCACAUCCACCCCCAAAACAUCAGUUUCAAGACGAUACUCUACCCUACCGAAUAAUCGCCAUGCCCACGUUCAAAUACAACACCCUGCCAUGAACAAUGAAGAUACGAGACGAUCUGUCAUGUUUCGCAAUUCCAUGGUAUGGGAAGGUAAUGACAACACAGUUAGACCGUUGUUACCGGCUGUCAUUACUCCAGUACCGUUGGAAACGCCCGGAGGCUAUUUUGUUUCGGAUGCUCCGGCUAUUAUUGUUCCUCCUAGGUGAGUAUGACGGGCAAGAUCGGUCAAAGAGUUUGUAGAAAGUGGUCAAGAAGUUUAUAGAAAUAUUCAAUUGUGGUUUUUGGGUCAAAAAGUUUGUAGAAAAGAUCGAAAAAGUUCAUAAAAAAGACAAAUUUUGGUUUUUUCGGUCAAAAAGUUUGUAGAAAGUGAACAAAACGUUUAGAAUUAUCAUAUUUUAAGUUUUUGGUCAAUAAGUUAGCGAAAAGUUUAAAAUUAACAAAGUAUGAAUAAUUUUUUAGAUUUUUGACGAAAUGUCACAAAAAUUAUCGAUUUUUCGAAUAAUUUGUUUUUGGUCAAAAGUUUCAUAGAUAACUUAAAUUUUGCUUUUUCAGUAAUAGUUUUUACAAUUUAAACGAAAUAUCACAAAUUUUAUCGUUUUUCGACGAAGUGCCACAAAAUUUAUUGGUUUUUAAAACGAACGCUCUUUUGGUUUCAAACGGUCAAUAAUUUUAUAGAAAACCUUAAAUUUAUGACUUUGAACGUUUUUGGUUAAAAAAUUUGUAGAAGUUUUAAAGAUUUCACUUAUUUUACAGAAUUUAUACGAAAUGUAACACAAAUUAUUGGUUUUUUUCAAAAAUUUAGUUUUGGUCAAAAAGUUCGCAGAAACAGCAUUUUAGAAGUCUUUUUUGAGAUUUAAACAAUCUAUUGAUUUUUAUUUUAUUAUUGCUUUACUAUUAUAGUUCCGUCUUUUUUCCCAAAGAUAACAAAAGGUUAGUGUUCUUUCGCUUUUGGUAGCAGAAAAAAAGAGAUUUUUCUUGUUUUAAUCGUUUCCAGAUUUGAAUUCGAUUAUAAUGUAAAUAAGACUUCGGAGAUUUUUGAAUUUUGCGGUUAAAAGUUAGAAAAAACACAAAAAAUGUUAUUUUUGAGUAAUAAUUUAUCUACCUAACAUCUUAUCCUAUCUUUAGAGUGUAGAAGGCUCUAGACAUGAGGAACGGGCUGGGCCUGAACAAAAUUUUAAUCGGGACGUGCCUAACGUUCAGGCCCGGCCUAUUUUUUAUGUCUAGAAGGCUCUUAGGUUUGGUGGGUUUAGGCUUAAAAGGCUUAAGCUGAGCAGGCUCAGGGGUAAUAUGAGCAGGCUGUGUAAAAUUGAGCUUAGUAGGCUUAGGCUUAGUAAGCGUAGGCUUAGUAGACGUAGGUUCAGCAGGACUAGGCUUAGGUUUAGUAUGCUUAGAGUUGUUAGACUCAGGUUUAGUGAGCUUAUACUUAGGUUCAAUAGGCUUAGUAGGCUUAGGCUUAGUAGGCUUAGGCUUAGUAGGCUUAGGCUUAGUAGGCUUAGGCUUAGUAGGCUUAGGCUUAGUAGGCUUAGGCUUAGUAGGCUUAGGCUUAGGCUUAGUAGGCUUAGGCUUAGUAGGCUUAGGCUUAGUAGGCUUAGGCUUAGUAGGCUUAGGCUUAGUAGGCUUAGGCUUAGUAGGCUUAGGCUUAGUAGGCUUAGGCUUAGGCUUAGUAGGCUUAGGCUUAGUAGGCUUAGGCUUAGUAGGCUUAGGCUUAUUAGGCUUAGGCUUAGUAGGCUUGGCUUAGUAGGCUUAGGCUUAGUAGGCUUAGGAUGAGUAGGCUUAGGCUUAUUAGGCGUAGGCUUAGUAGGCUUAGGCUUAGUAGGCUUAGGCUUAGUAGGCUUAGGUUUGGUAGGCUUAGGCUUAGUAGGCUUAGGCUUAGUAUGCUUAGGCUUAGUAGGCUUAGGCUUAGUAGGCUUAGGCUUAGUAGGCUUAGGUUUAGUGGGCUUAGGCUUAGGCGGCUUAGGUUUAGUAUUUUUGCCGCCAUUCUUUUUAUGAACCUUCGCAGAAAUCUAGAGUAAGAUUGCCGUACUCGCAGUAAUUUGUUGGGUCGUUUUACAUCGAGGCAAUUGUUAUAUAAAACUAUGAAAUUACAUAAGAAAACGUUGCGCAACACGAUUUCUUGCAAUUUCUCUUAGGCUAUCUUAUGUUAUCGUAAAAUUAGGUAAUAAUGUUUUUUUGUGAGUUGGUGUGCACUUCAAAAGGUAUUCAUUAUAUCAUAAGGUGCUGUGUCAGCCGGUGGGGUUUAUUUUUAUAUUAGUAGGUUUAGGCUUCGUAGGUUAGGCUUAGGCUUGGAUAUAGGAGUAGGCUCAAUAGGCUUAGGCUUAAUAGGCUUAGGCUUAAUAGGCUUAGGCUUAAUAGGCUCAGACUUAAUAGGCUUAGGCUUAGUAGGCGUAGGCUUUAUAGGCUUAGACUUAGUAGGCUUAGGCUUAGUAGGCUUUGGCUUAGUAGGCUUAGGCUUAUUAGGCGUAAGUUUGAAGGAUUAGGCUUAUUAUGUUUAGGCUAAGUAGUCUUAGAUUUAAUAAGUUUAGGCUUAAUAGGAUUAAGCUCAGUAGUUUUAGGUUUAGGCUUUCUAGGCUUUAGAUCAUGCAUUUUUUCAGAUCAAUGACCCAGCAAGCAGAUAGACAAGACGAUGUUGAUCAAGAAGAAGGGUGUAAACUAACUUGUUGUCAAAGCCCAACCUCGCAACGAACGUUCCAAGGACUAUUACUAGGGCAAUUACUCUCAUUAUGUCUGUGUGGGACUGGAGUUUCAUCAGAGUUACUGGCUAAAAGGGGAUUUAAUGCUCCUGCAGGUAAGGAAUGGCAGUUGGUGGGGGUCGGGUACUUUUUAGCGUUUGACAGGGGGCGGAUUCUUUAAAAAUUUUUUAUUUUUGAAGUUGGGUAGGGGUGGAUUUUCUUAAUUUUUUUUGUGGGCGGAUUUUUUAAAAUUAGAUACUUUGAGGCAGGGGUAGAUUUUAAAAAAUUCAUUUUUUGGGGUGGUUUAAAAUAUUUUUAUGGUUUUGGAGGGUUUUUUUUUUAAUUUUGAUGGGGCGGGGUAGGUUUAAAAAGAACUUUUUUUGGACGUGGAUUUACAAAUUUUUUUUGUUGUACGUGGAAGGUAGGGUAGGGGUAGACUUAAGGACGUCGCUAUAGGUUUUCUAGGUACGGGGUGGAUCUACCUUCAUUCGUUCUACCUCGCCCCUAUCUCUACCUUUACCCCUACGCUUACCCAUACCCCUACCAUUACCCAUACCCUUACUUCUACCCUUACCCUUUCUAAUACUAAUGGUAAUAGUGAUACCCUUCCUCCUACCCUUAUCUCUACCUUUACCUCUACUUCUACCCUUAUCUCUACCCUGAUGGUACAUUUUUUUUAAUUUUUAUGUUUUGGGGGUGGAUUUUGCAAAAUUUUUAACUUUGUGGUUCUUUUUUUGUCGUUUUCUUGAUAAUUAUUGAUUUUAUUUUCAGCCCAAGCCUUUUUCAACUAUUUUUUCCUAUUCUUUGUAUAUGGACUGAUAUUAUUACUACGGCCUGGGGACAGAAACAUAUCAAAAGUCUUAAUAAAACGUGGAUGGAAGUACUUUUUAUUGGCUAUUAUUGAUGUCGAAGCCAACUAUAUGAUCGUAUAUGCAUAUCAAUACACUAAUUUAACUAGUAUUCAGGUAAGGUCUUAAUAAAAGCGGUUUCAAAAGCCCAAAAAACUGAUUUUUCUCUGGCCGGAAUCAAACUUUUUUGGAUUUUUGACAUUUUUAAACGAAUGUUUCUUUGUUAUAAGCUAAGUUAUAAACAUGAAAUUUAAGAAAAGGAUACACCUUUUAAUUUUUUUCUAGAUUUAUUCUACUUCACUUUUGAAAUUUCAAUAAAAAAUGAAAAAAUAAAAAUUGUUUCUGGCCGGAUUCGAACUUUGUUUGAUUUUGGACUUUUUAAACUUGAUGUAACUUUCUUGUGAUGCUUGAUAUGGCAGUAAAACUGAAGCAUUAUAUACUGUUUUUAAUUCUACAUAAACGUCUUAUUUAAGGUUUUUGAAAAACAAAAAUUUUUUUUUCGAAAAAUUUUAACUUGGUCCCCCCUGUGGAUUUUUUGACAAAUCAUUUUUAAAAAAAUAUAUCUUUUUGAUAAAGGAUGAUAUAGAAAUGAAACUUACAGAAUCUAUACGGCGUGUCAUGUUCUAUAAAACUCUUAUUUUAUUGUUUUAAAAAUAAAAAAAAUUUUUUUGAAAAAAAAUUGAACGUGGUCCCCCUGUGGACUUUUUAACCAGACAUUUUCAACUUGGUGUAACUUUGACAUACUUUAACACUUGAACAUGAAACUUAUGGAAAUUGUACAACUUGUCAUGUCUAUAAGCGUCUUAUAUUAGAUUUUUUAAAAUUUAAAAAAAAUUUUGAAAAAAAAUUGAACGGUCCCCCUGUGGAUUUUUUGACCAGGCAUUUUCAAUUUGAUGUAACUUUGAUACAAGUUAACAUUUGAACAUGACACUUACAGACUUUAUACAUCUUGUCAUGCUCUAUAAACGUCUUAUUUUAGAUUUUUAAAAUAAAAAAAAAUUUGAAAAAAAAUUGAACUUGGUCCCCCCUAUGGAUUUAUUGAAAUUUUUACUAUUUCUUGCCAUUUUCAAGCGUAUUUUAACCAAUUUUUUAAAAACUUCCAUUUUUCAAUUUCAGAUUUUGGACUGCUCAACCAUUCCGGUAGUAAUGAUAUUAUCCUGGCUGUUCCUCUCCGUUCGUUACCUAUUUAUUCACUUAAUUGGAGUCUCGGUCUGUUUGGCUGGAAUCGCUCUGAUCAUCUUUGCCGACUCGAAAAGCGGUCGUGGUGCUGAUGGUGGUACUGAUCAGUUGUAUGGUGAUGUGUUGUGUCUAGGAGCGGCUGUGUUAUAUGCGGCUGCUAAUGUUACGGAAGAGUUUUUGGUCAAACAGUAUGAUCGAUUUGAAUAUUUGGGGGUGGUGGGACUGUUUGGGUGUCUGAUCAGUAGUAUUCAGCUGUAAGUUUUAAUUUUUUAAAAUUUUUUUUGGUUUUUAGGGCUUCACCUUUUUUUACAAAUUGACGAAAUGUCACAGUGUUUAUUGAUAUUUGAAACAGUUGUUUUAAUGUCAAAAACUUUCUUUACAGAACAAAAAAUGGCAAGAACUUUCUUUACAAAACAUAAAGUAGCAAGAUCUUUCUUUACAAAACAAAAAGUGGCAAGAACUUUCUUUACAAAAAAAUGGCAAGAACUUUCUUUACAAAACAUAAAAUAGAAAGAACUUUCUUUACAAACUAAAAAUGAAGUUAUCUUCCAGAGUCGUACUAGAACGUAACAAUCUAGCCAAUUUCAAUUGGAGUUGGGAAGCACUAGGCUAUAUGGCAUUGUUCACAUUGUGUAUGUUCACAUUCUACUCAUUGGUAUCAGUGGUAAUGCAGAAAUCAUCAGCAUUAAUGUUCAACUUGUCAGUUUUGACAGCUGACUUCUACACUUUGUUGGCUGGUAUCUUUGUUUUUUCGUAUACUGUAAGUUAUUUAAUAGUAAUUUUGAUUUUUGGCAAAAUGUCAUAAAUUUUGUUGAUUCUUGACGAAAUGUCACAAAAUUUAUUGGUUUUUAAAAAUAACGGUUUGGUGGUUGAAAAGUUUAUAUAAACACUUUAAUUUCACUUUUAUUGACAUUUCACAAUGAGUAUAGGCUAUUCAAAAUUGUAACGAAAUGUCAAAAAAUGUAUUGGUUUUUAAAAAUGACGUUAUAUAGGUCUAAAAGUACGUAGAAAAACGUAAUUUAACAUUUAUUUACAUUUUAAAGAUGUUUUUUUGACUAUCCAGAGUUGUGACAAAAUGCCACAUAAUUUAUCGUUUUUUGACGAAUUGCCACACAAUUUAUUGGUUUUUUAAAUAUGUAAUUUUUUGGACCAUACAAGUUAUAAAAAUCAUUUUUAUUGUCAAAAUUAAUAUGUAAUAGCAAUCUUUGAAGAUUAGACGAAAUGUCACAAAUUAUAUUGAUUUUUGAAGAAAUGUCACUAAAAUUAUUGGUUUUUAAAAAAUGUCACUUUUGGGGACUACAAGUCAUAUAAAUGCCAUAUUUUGCGAUUCCGGGCUAAAAGUUUAUAGAAAAACAAAAAAAUUUGUUUCAGUUCGACGUCCUAUACCUAAUGUCCUUCGUUGUUGUCAUCAUCGGGUCGCUGAUAUUCGCAGUUAAAAAAACUGAAGUCAAAUCUCAAGGUCAAGCCGGAGAAGCAUGA